AUGGGUUCGUCGUCGGCUAUACUCGACCGGCAACUGUCAAGGACAAUUGCUAUCGAGACGCGAAAGGAGACCAGUACAGUAGAUGAAACCUACGAAAAUCGUCCUCGCAUUGGAGCUGGUAGUGACAUCUCAUCGACAAGAGGAUCAGGUUCACCGCAAGGAUUCGUGAGCAGCACUCCUGUAGAAACUGUAGAGACAACAUCCAGUCCACAAUCGUCUACAACAUCCAGUCCUCAGUCUAGUGAUCAGUCUAGUGAACCAUCGACAACUGGAGAGCCGAAGAAGGGAAGCGAGAAGACAACGGCUUCCGAAUCGCCAUCUUCGAUUGCCGACGAAUACUUUGAAUCUGUCACCGCAGACGACAUCCAGCGAAUAUUGAAGGAGAGAGCUAUUAUGAGACAGUUACAACCAUCUACGAUGGAUUCCUCGUCAGUUUCAAGUUUUGUUAGCGCUACCGUUGCUACCGCAAACGAGAAGUCGCCUCAGGAGCGUACCGAAAAUGUUCAUCAAACGAAGCCAUCACUGUCUGAUGAGGCCAGGAAGGAACACUGUAUCAUAACGCUAGAUCCGAAAGCAAUUGCCGUUAUCGCAGGACUAAUGGGUUCGUCGUCGGCUAUACUCGACCGGCAACUGUCAAGGUGCAUUUAUAGUUGGUCUUGA